CUUCCAUCUUUCUGAUUAGCUCAUACAGUUCGAUACUUACUUUCUGAUGACCAUGGCUUUUCGCUUCCAUAUAGCUGCAGCCAUCUUGGCACUUGUUUUUACAAGUGUCCAUGCAUCUGAUCCAAGUCCAUUGCAGGACUUUUGUGUGGCAGUUCCUGAUGCCAAUGCCGGCGUAUUCGUGAAUGGAAAGAUAUGCAAAGAUCCAAAGCUCGUGAAACCCGAAGAUUUCUUCUUUCAAGGGCUUAACAAGCCAGGAAGCACAUCAAAUCCACUCGGAUCGAAUGUAACAGCAGUAAAUGUCAACCAGAUUCCAGGACUCAACACUUUAGGUGUUUCCUUAGCACGCCUCGACUUUGCACCUUACGGUUUGAACCCUCCCCACACCCACCCUCGUGCUGCCGAGAUCCUCGUUGUUUUAGAAGGCACUCUUCUUGUUGGCUUCGUUACUUCGAAUCCAGGCAUGAACAUGAAGAACAAGCUCUUCACCAAGGUUUUGAAUCCUGGCGAUGUGUUUGUGUUCCCCGAAGGCCUCAUUCAUUUUCAGUUCAACCAGGGACAUUCCAAUGCUGUUGCUUUUGCUGCUCUAAGCAGCCAGAAUCCAGGAGUCAUCACCAUUGGUAAUGCUGUUUUUGGAUCAAAUCCUCCCAUUUAUCCUGAUGUUCUCACCAAAGCAUUCCAAGUUGACAAGAAAGUCAUCAAAUAUCUUCAGUCACAAUUUUGGUGGGAUAACCACUACUACCCAUAAUAUGGGUAAUACCCUCCAAAGGAGCUUCAGGGUGCAUAAAUCAUUGGAUUGGGUCCUUAAUUUACACUUUGGUCUCCUUAAUUACUUUAUAUCAUACAUUAUUCGGAUCCCAUUGUUAGUACACUAAUUCUGUGAACAAUAAUGCACUGGCAUUUUCCUUGGUUUAGGAAAAAUGUAAUUUGUGGAAUCGCUACUUUUUUCCCUA